CCAUGGCUUAGGGAAUAGACAAUAUAACGAGUGAUGAAGGUCGAGUUCAUAGCUGGAGAUGUCCCGUUGAGUCCUCCACAACGAUGGUCUCACUGGUCUAAGGGGGAAAUGCCCCCGUCACCCAGCUCAGAUGACAUGCUCGUGCACAAAGCGCGUGCACGAGGGGGGUUUGCUUUUCCUCAGAAACGAAAGCAGAGGCGGCAAAGAGAGGCGGUGGACGCUGUCCGGCUCCAGACCUGCCCCGGACUGCCAGGGAGACUCACCGAGGACAGGCUGCACCCGAAGAACCGACCGACCGAGCGACCGACCGACCGGUCCUUCUGACGGGGAAACGAAAAGCCACAUCGUCUGACUCCCGACUUUGUUCAUCCAUACGGGGGAAGUUGAAGAUGCUAAGAAAUCACCAAUGUUGAUAAUGUGUUGAAAACAGAAAGACAAUAAUGGCUGUCGAACUUGGACAGUCUCCCGAGAAAUGGACUGAAUCUCAAGUGAGCACCUGGCUAAACUCCAUUGGAGUGAAGGAGCCGUAUAUAAAAAAGCUCUUUGAGGAAGAAGUAGAUGGACAAAUUCUUCUUACUCUCGAUGAUGACUUUUUGAAGACAAAGAUUGGCAUGAGAUCAGGCCCUGCUCAUUUGAUUAUUCAAAAGAGAGAUGAGCUCCUCAACUCCCAGAAAAAAUCCCAGGAGAAGAAAAAGCCCACCGGUGCCAAUAAAACUGAGUUUGAGCAGAAAAAUCCAAAAUCUGUUAAAUGUCUUGCAGCAAGUGCUGCUCCUUCAGCCCAGGUUCUAUUGGGAGAGAAAGAUGUCUUAGAGGAGAGACAAACUGCUCAGAAACAGUGCACAUUGACUUCAAAGGAGGACUGCAAACCACGACCAUUUGAUCAGGAAGAUAUAAAUUUCAUAUAUGUAAAGCACAGAGUCCUUCAACCAGAAUCGGGUGCUUUUGAUUUGAUAUCUCCUUGCCAUGAAUACAAGUCUCUUGCUGUAGCUGUUGAAUUGGAUCGCACAAGACUUCAAGCUAAGUUUGCCAGAGAGGUUCUUAAAUUUGCAACUGGCUGCAUGAAUAUCAGAUCAAAUGGCACAAUUCACUUCGGCGUGAAGGACAGCAAGGAAGAUGCAGAAUAUGUGCAUGGUGAGGUAAUUGGCAUCCCUGUAAAAGAUAAGGACAUGUAUGUUGAUGCUUUGGACUACAUUGAAAGAUGUUUCUCGUCUGACAAAGAACAUGUACGCCAGUGUGUGCGGCCACCAAGAUUCAUUGAGGUCAUGGAUCGUGAAAGUACAGAAAAGAUGUAUGUGGUGGAGGUUGACAUUGUACCUUCAAUCAGUAUUGUUAAGAGCAAGGUUUAUGCAGUUCGCCUGCCAAACUUCAAAGAGUCAGCCAACAAGGUAGAAUUUGAGAAGGAAACAGUUCUGCGACGGGUGGGUUCAAAAACAGAGCCAGUGAAAGACGUAGACUUAAGUGAUUUCUUCCAGCGAGUCAAGGAUCGUGAUGCUCUGAGAGAUGAAGCAGAGAGAAAUCAGUUCCACAGUGCUCCAGAGUUCUGCCAAGACCUCGGAAGGAAACUCGCAAUGCUAAUGGCCAGUGGGAAGAAGUUCAUUGACAAGGAGAAAUGGUUCAUAUUCGUCACAAACAAAUUCAAACCUGAUGAUCUUCGCAACACUGACUGGCUGCACAACAUGAAGAUUUUCUGCGUGUUUGACUUUGACCCAGAUUCAAAGGUAUCAGGUCUUUGCAGCAGAUACCUUCAGCAUCAUGCUGCAAACAUGCAUUCUCUGCAGAGCUACCGGAUGUCCAGUGACACAAGCAUCAAUGAAUUCAUAAGCAAUCUGCAUCUGUUUGAGCAAACCAGCUGGAUUUUCUGUAAUGGCCGUUCUGACUUCAAAGGAAAUGAAACGUCAUGUGACGAAAUGACUUGGAUAAAGACAAAAAUGACCUUCUUAAGGGAAUCUGUGUCUUUGAUUUGUAAGCAAAUCUUGCCAAAAGGGACAUUCCAGGUCAUUUUUCUUCUCACAUCACCGGUCGAGAAACCACUCUUGCACACCUUUUAUGAGUUUUUCACAGACAUGGAAGGCCAUGAAGACAUCAUUUGCAUCUGUGAAUCCAAGAACAACUUCCAGAAAUGGCAAAGCUUUGCAGAGGGAUCGUGUGGAACAGAAACAGUGAACAAUUUCAGUAUUGUUGGCAUGAAAAUGAGUCACGUUAAUGCAACGGUGCAGAAAAUACAACCUGUUAAAGCUUGUGCCACAAAACACUUGCCAGUCUUUGUGAAAGGGAUUUGUCCUCUUGAAACAAACAAAGAGGAAGAGAUGGUGUCUCUAGAAAUUCUUACAGUCAAUCAUUGUGAAGAAACAACCAAAGACUUCAUCAAUGAGGAGAAAACAAACAUUGAACAACAGUUCUACCGUGGUGGGAGAGUGACCUGGUUGAAUUUUUGGCUUGCUGAACACAAGUAUGUCGGAGAGGUAAUUGAACGAGAUGCUUAUGAAGAGGUUUCCAAACUUCUCAAGGAUGUAAUGAGAUGCACCACAGAUCAGACUCCAGUGAGUAGUAUAAACAUCUACCAUCAUCCAGGGAGUGGUGGAAGUACUGUGGCCAGACAAGUGUUGUGGAAUAACAGGAAAGAACUAAGGUGUGCAGUUGUGAAGCCUUCAAACUCGGCCGCUGUUGUUGCGCAGCAUGCAGUUGACCUAAGAGAAUAUGAAGAAAGUGAUCCACAGAGGUGUCUUCCUGUGCUGCUCCUCAUCGAAGACUCAGACAAAGAAUAUCUAGAUGAUCUCAGGAAUGAACUAGAGGUUGCAAGUAACAGCAAAAGAAUCCAGAAUGGAACACUAUGCUUUAUUUUGUUGAGCUGCAGGCGAUCCCAUGAUCCAGAGAGGAAAUGCAAGGAGUCUCCAUUACAGAAUGUGUCUGUCACUCACAAACUGUCUGAUGAAGAGAAGAGAAAGUUUGUUGGGAAACGAGAGGUGCUUGAAGAAAGAUAUGAGCCUCAGUUCAUCCUGACCUUUGUUCUGAUGAGUGAAGAGUUCACUGAUGAGUAUGUUCAACAUUUUGUGACACAUUUGCUCGAAGACAUCGACCAUCACUCUACUGUCACACGCCUCAUUCAAUAUGUAGCGCUACUAAACACCUAUGUUCAAAACUCUUUCAUCUCUCAGUCCCACUGCGAAGCUUUGCUAGCUUUGAAAAUGUACAUGGAAAGGUUUCGCCAGCAUGAGUUUGAAAGAUCACUCAGCGAUCAGGCAAAAUUAGUCUUCUUGCACCUUAACGAUGACAAGACUCACAUCAAAUCGAUCAGAAUCAUUCACCCUCUCGUUGCAAAGGAAAUUCUCCAACAACUUCUGGGAAAUCAACAGACCCACAGCAGUUUGGCAAUGAAAUUGCUCAGCGAGGAUGUGCUUUUUGAGCACAGAUUUGGAAGGGAUGAAUAUCUGUCAUUCUUGAGAGCACUUUUCAUAAGGAGAUCCAGAAUAAGCAAGGGAGAUAAAUAUGAUAGUUUUUUCUCUCCUCUGAUUGAGCAUGUGUGUGAAAAGGAGAAAAGCCCAGACAAAGCAAUCGAGUUACUCAAGGAGGCCUUUGAGCGUUUCCAUAAAGAUCCAUUCUUUGCACAACAACUUGCUCGUCUUCAUUAUACUUAUGAAAAGUUUAAAGAGGCAAAACACUGGGCAGAGACAGCCGCUAAACAGCUGCCCAACAACUCAUACAUACUUGACACUAAAGGGCAGGUGUACAGAAAAUGGUUCCAAGCCAAAUGCAAAGCCAUUGAAAAUGGCAGUACAUUAAUCACAGCCCAAACUACAGCAGAUGGUGUGGAGACUGCACUCAAAGCCCUGGAGUGUUUUGAAGAAUGUGUGAGAGCAGCUGACGCAGAUAUGGGAAACGUCAACAGUUCAGGAUAUUUUGCCGAAGUUGAAGUUGGAUGUGGCCUACUCAAACUGAUCUCUUCACUGCAAGUGUUUGCAAAUGGAGCCAAAGGCCAUGAGGAAUGUAUGAAGUACCUGUUAACAGAUUACAUUCCAGAGGAAAUUCAAGAUGACUGGGAACCAUUUCAUGGUCGUUUGAAAAAACUUCACAAGAUAUUGCAAGAUGCGUUGGAUUGGAUUUCAGAAGACCUCAGUUACUUCCAGACAGACAUUGGUGCAGGUGAAGAAGAGAUUCCUCAAAGUCCCGAGGAGAAGAUAAGCCACCCACUGAAAUGGUUAGCAAAAAGAUCCUCUGAGUUCGGGAAGUACUUCAGUGAAGCUUAUUGUAAUCCAUUUCUACAAUCUGGGCAAUCAAUCCCAACCAAUCUCACUCCUGUACAGAAACGCAUGAUCAUCUAUCAUCUUGGCGGGGGUAACGUUACAUCCAUCCUCUCCAAGCUCAGUGACCAGAAGGAUGCAGUACGUAUUCUAGAGGACAUCCUGUCUCUCUACCCCAGCAAUCCAAUAAAGGCAAACUUUAGCCAGAGGGAUAUUGUAAACUACAUAGUGGGCCACAUUACUCUGAACUGCUUGUCACCACAGGCUCCAAAAGUCGCUCCGCUUAAAGCUCUUCAAGCCCUUUGUCAUCAGUUCCCAGUUGACAAAAAGAAAUGCUUGUCAGGUGCCCUGUUCCUGCUCACUUUACUAUUUUGGCCAGAGGAUAAUGACACAAAUGAAGAGAGAGAAAGCAAAUAUGAAAUUGUCCAGUCAGCUGUUGAGCACAUGGAGAAAGGCUACUGGACCAAGAUGAAGGACAUUCCUCAGAGGAAAAGAAGACUUUACACACAUUUUUUCCUGGGCAGUGGGAAUGGAUUGGAUAAAUUUGUCCACAAGAGAAAGUUUGAGAGAGUCACAAAGCUGUUCUCCGUCUCUGAGAAACGCAUGAAGUGGUUUAAGGGUGAGGCAUGGAAGAAGCCUGAGAUUGCCAUGAUGUUAAAACGCGUUUCUGGCUGGACAGAAGAUGGGGUCGUGUACCUCGAGGGCCCUCAGAGAAAGAAGUUCAGCAUACUCCCUCUUCAUGUACCUUCAGUGCCUCAUAGCAAUGAAAACAUCAUCUUCUAUCUGGGGUUCACCUUCAGGGGCCCAGUUGCCUGCAACAUUGUUGUAAAGUAGGAUCCUUGUCGAGGACAAACUCACUUGCACGGGCCAACUAUUCCACCUCAUUAUCAGGAGAAAGAUUAUGUCUGACAAAGAAAGUGACAAAGAACUGACAAGCUUUUCUUUGUCAAUUCAUCAAGCAGGGAAUUUCUUGUAAACUAAAAAUGUUGGGGCACCUGGAUAUUGGCAUUGCAUUGUUUAGUAAGAUAUAUGAUGGUUUGAUCGACUUUUGCAUGUUUCCUCUCUUGUACUUGCAUGCACGUGUGUGUACUCAAAAACACAGUAUUCAUAACAAAUAUUUGUCAGUCUUUGUUUAGAAAAGGUAUGUUCAUUAACAGUAUAUACUUUCACACUCUGGAAGAGAAUAACAAUUUAAACAGGACUUGCUGCUUUGUGGCUGAAUAGAAAUAUCCAUGUCUCUUUUUAGAUCUCAGUAUAGAAGUGUUAUUUUUGAUUAUUUGUAGAUGCAGUUGAGAUGGUUUGUAGUUCACAUCUGUUCAGAUGGCUUACACACAAAAUAAUUUUGAUGGGAAUCGAAUCAGUGUUUUAGCAAAAGAUGCAUUAAAAGCCGAAGAACAAAACUUUGUACAUUUGGAAGGUAUAUACAUAUUGGUUACACAAAGGGAAAAUGUUGUUGGAACCUGUUUGAAUAGAUAUUAAAUGUUUUUUUACACAAGCAAUGGAAACCUUUUCUUCGACAUGAAACUAAAUAAAGCCUGUUGGACAAUUGA